UUUCUCCACCGGUGCCUCCUUUUUCUCAACUUUGAGCGACUGCUGGCCUGACUUCACACGAUGCAUUUUUAAAAUGGUACAAGAAGACUGAUGUAUCGUUUCUGUUGGCCUGCCUCAUCUCAACUUAGGGAGAAUAGCAUACGGAAACCAAUAUUCAAUGAAACCUUUGUGAAAACUAUAUUUUAAAGUUUUGGAAAAAUCUGAAUAAAUACGGGAUGUUAAGAGGGUGAUGUUUUAUUGCCAUGCAAAAUUUCAUGUUGAAACACAUUACGAGAUAUGACCCUCUUAGCAUCCUGUAUUGUUUCAGAUUUUUUUCAAAACUUUAAAAUAUGGUUUUCACAAAGUUUUCAUUGAAUAUUGGUUUCCGUAUGAUAUUCUCCCCUCAACUUCUGCUGCAACUAUAUAUUACCCGGCAUCCUCCGCUCUUCUCCUUACCCUCUUACAACACAUCAACCUGAAACCUGCACUGCACAGUCCAGAAUACUCCAAGAAAAAAAAGUUAGAGUUUUUAGUUUGAGAACCAAUAAAUGGUGGACCUGUCCAUGAUCGACAUGGAAUGGCUCCAAGAGCCAUUGAGAUGGCUGUUCGUCGCCUCGGUCAUCUUCGUGUUGCUGCAGCGGCGGCGUGGCAAGGCGCCGCCGCUGCCCCCAGGACCGUAUUCGCCGCCGAUUGUCGGCAAUAUCUUCAUGAUGGACCAACUGACCCACCGGGGCUUCGCGGCGCUGGCCAAGCAGUACGGCGGCCUUCUCCACCUCCGCCUCGGCAAGGUCCACACCUUCGCCGUAUCGACGCCGGAGUACGCCCAGCAGGUGCUGCAGGCCCAGGACGCCGCCUUCUCGCACCGGCCUGCCACCAUCGCCACCACCUACCUCACCUACAACCGCGCCGACAUGGUGUUCGCCCGCUACGGGCCCUUCUGGCGCCAGAUGCGCAAGCUGUGCGUGAUGAAGCUCUUCAGCCGGCGCCGUCCCGGGACGUGGGUCGCCGUGCGCGACGAGUCCGCGGCCCUCGUCCGUGCGGUGGCCCGGCGGAGCGGCGAGCCUGUCAACCUCGGCGACCUCAUCUUCAACCUCAGCAUGAACGUCACCUUCCGCGCGGCGUUCGGCGCUGAAGCCGCCGGUGACGGCGAUGGCCGGAAGCGGGACGAGUUCAUCGCUAUCAUGCAGGAGUUCUCCAAGCUCUUCGGCGCGUUCAGCAUCGGCGACUUCAUCCCAUGGCUCGGCUGGGCGGACCCGCAGGGCAUCAGCGUGCGCCUCCGCACUGCGCGCGCAGCCCUCGACGAGUUCAUCGACAAGAUCAUCGACGAGCACAUAAAGAGGGGCAAGAACCCUGACGACAUGGACGCCGACAUGGUAGACGCCAUGCUCGCCUUCCUCCCUGAAGCGAAGCCGGAGAAGGCCGCUGGCGACGACCUGCAGCACACGCUCCGCCUCAACCGUGACAACAUCAAGGCCAUUAUCAUGGACGUGAUGUUUGGUGGGACGGAGACGGUGGCGUCGGCAAUAGAAUGGGCAAUGGCCGAAAUGAUGCAUAGCCCAGAUGACCUCUUGCAGCUGCAGCAGGAGCUUGCCGAUAAGGUGGGUCUCGACCGAAACGUGGACGAGGCAGACCUCAACAACCUCUCCUUCCUCAAAUGCGUUAUCAAGGAGACGCUCCGGUUACACCCGCCCAUCCCGCUCCUCCACCGUGAGAACGCCGAGGACUGUGUGGUCGGCAGCUACUCUGUGCCCCGGGGCUCGAGCGUCAAUAUCAAUGUCUUCGCAAUGGGCCGCGACGCCAGGGUGUGGAAGGACGCCGACACAUUCCGUCCGUCACGGUUCAUGAAGGGGGAAGGGGAGGCAGCCGGGGUCGACUUCAAGGGCGGGUGCUUCCAGUUCCUGCCGUUUGGGUCUGGUCGUCGCUCGUGCCCGGGGAUGGCGCUCGGCCUGUACUCGCUGGAGCUCGUUAUUGCGCGGCUCGCCCAUGGGUUCAACUGGGCGCUGCCCGACGGUAAGAAGCCGUCGGAGCUCGACAUGGGUGACAUUUUCGGCCUCACCGCACCGCGUGCCACAAGGCUCUGGGUCGUGCCCACGCCCCGACUUACCUGCCCUUUGGUUGUUGAUGUCGACGCCGCGUGCCAGACAUGAUGUCGUGCGCGCACAGCUGAUGGUAUCUACCAGCUGCGCAGGGUGUGAAGGUGUUUGAUUAGCGUGUUAGUUAAUCUAGUUGUAGCUAUAACUAUUUCCCCUUUCGUGUUAGAUAUUUCCUAGUUUCGUUCAUACAAGAUCGCACCCCUAUAAAUCGGUUGCCUUGCACGUGGAAUAGCACGACCUGUUGUUGGCAUCGUGGAGCUGUGGGUCACGAUCGUUCCUUUCAUCAUGAAUAAAAAGGAGAGCCCUACUUCAGUGCUCCCCUAACUCAA